CAGCAGCAGCAGCAGCAGCAGCAGCGGAUGCUGCAGCAGCGGCGCAGCAGCAGCAGGGGGAGCAGCAGCAGCAGGGGGAGCAGCAGCAGCAGGGGGAGCAGCAGCAGCAGGGGGAGAAGCAGCAGCAGGGGGAGAAGCAGCAGCAGCAGCAGGGGGAGAAGCAGCAGCAGCAGCAGGGAGAAGCAGCAGCAGGAGCGGGAGGGAACAGCAGCAGCGAGAAGCAGCAGCGAGAAGCAGCAGCAGCAGCAGCAGGGGCUCGGCUGCGCGGCUGA